AUGGCAAAAGUGGUAUCUCCAGCUCAGACUAGCUUUGUCCCAAAUCGUCAUAUUCAAGAUAACAUUAUUGUUGUUCAAGAGCUAGUCCAUUUAAUGAGGAAAAUGAGAGGAAAGAAGUGCUUUAUGGCUGUUAAAGUUGAUUUGGAUAAAGCUUACAUUCGUUUAAAUUGGAAUUUUAUUCGUAAGGGGUUGGUUGAAAUCAAAGUGCCUGAUAGAUUAACAGAUUUAAUAAUGACAACAGUGUCUUCUCCAAAGACCAAUUUGACUUGGAAUGGCAGCCAAUCAGAGGAGUUUCAACCUAGUAGAGGUGUUAGACAAGGUGAUCCCCUAUCACCUUACCUAUUUUUUUUAGCUAUGGAGAAGCUCUCUCACAUAAUCGAGACUGCUGUGAAUGGUGGUUUGUGGAAGCCAAUUAGAGCUGGUAAGGGGGGACCAAAAAUAUCACAUAUUUUGUUUGCUGAUGACCUUAUGCUGUUCUUAGAGGUUGAUGAAGAGCAACUUCAUGUUCUUCUUCGGUGUCUGAAUCUCUUUGGUGACAUAUCAGGCCAGAAAGUUAGUGACCAGAAAACAACAUGGAAGAGUGACAAGACCUUAUAUGCUGGAAUUGUUGAUAGAAUGAAGGAGAGACUAACCAGCUGGCAAGCACAAUCACUUUCCCAAGCAGACCAGCUCUGGGUAAAAGUGUUGAAAGCAAAGUAUUAUAGUGCAGGUAACAUACAAAAUGUAUUCAACUGGAGAACUGGAAACUCUCAUCUUUGGAAGCACAUGUGUAAAUUUUGGUUCAAGCUCAAGCCUAGACUGAUUUGGGAUGUUGGAGAUGGAUCAUCUGUUAACUUUUGGGAAGAUAAAUGGCUGGACCAUGGAGAGAAUUUGGCUAGCGAAGCCAUUGUCCCUAUUCCCCAAACAAUUAUUGGUAGGAAAGUUAGAGAGUAUGUUGAUAGUGAUGGAUCCUGGAAUCACAGGGAGCUAUACAGCCUUCUACCUCAGAAUUGCAUUCAAUCAAUUAGAAGCCUUCUUCCUCCUUAUGAUACAAAUGGUCUUGACAGACUUUCAUGGAGUUUAGAUGGAUCUGGUAGGGUCACAAUUAAGCUACUGUAUAAUGCUAUUCUUAAUUAUGAUAGAGAGGAUUAUCAUAAUAAUGAAAUAUUGUCUGUUAUUUGGAAAAUUAAAGGUCCUAUUCAGAUCAUCAUGCUCUUUUGGAAGAUGGUUCAUCAUCGUAUUCCAACACGAUCCUUGCUGGCGAGAAUGAAUAUAUUAUCUGCUACUUGUCCUUUAUGUAAUAUUAAAGAAGAGACCAUUAUUCCCAUGGCUAGAUAUUGCAGCAAGGUAAGGGAUAUUUGGCUGGAAUUGGUCCAACCUGAAGAGAUCAAUGGUUUCUUUAGCUUAGAUUUAUAUAGCUGGAUGCUGGAGAACUUGAAGAAUAAUGCUGUGAUUCAAUUUAAUGCUCCCUGGUCUUUGUGUUUUGCUGUAACAGUGUGGCUAGCUUGGUUUUGGCAUAACGAAAUUGUGCAUGGUGCUGCUGGUAGUUGGCUAGCCUAUAAAACUAUGACUAUUAAGCAAAAGGUUGAAGAGAUCACUCAAGCUUGGGUGAAUGGUCAAACUGCAAAGCCUAAUAGAACUCAUGAAAUUAUUCAUGUUUUUUGGACUGCUCCUAUAGCACCUC